GCUCAAUAACUGAUUUUACUCAUAGGUCGGCCCGUGUACUUUUAAGCUCACUGUGAUAAGCACUGAACUUCAAAUUAUAACAAAAGUUGGGGCUGGUUCUUCGGACACUUCGCAGAUAUCCUAAAUUUCCCACGAAGGAAAAUAUUGCCGCUUUUCUUGCUGUCCUGUGACGCAGUGCCAGAGAGUGAUCACACGCGACUUUCUUUUUGUCUGUCUAGGGAAUUAGUGCAGACGAAUGAGGACACAAAGAAUAGCGGGCGUGCGAAGAGUUACAUCGACCUGUACGUGGAGAAGAUCCGCGAAGCAGGGACACACAAGAACCAGUAUUUCACAGCAGACAACCUUGUGGGAAACAUGGUUGACAUCCUCAUGGGAGCGGCCACCAGCGGCAACUUUUAUCUUCAUUGGCACCUGCUCAACUUAGCCAGCCAUGCGGAUACACUACAGGCUGAGCUGCAACGAGAGAUUGACAGUGUGGUCGGUAGCGAUCGCUUACCAAGUUGGGAAGACCAUACAUCGAUGCCCCUAACCAUGGCCACUAUCUGGGAGAUGUUCCGCUGGAAACUUGCCACACCGUUCAACAUACCACGCGCAGUGGGAGCAGACACGAAGAUUGGAGACUACGACGUUAAAAAAGGCACUGUGGUAUCCCCAAAUUUGAUGACAGCCCACAGAGACCAUAAAUUAUGGAACAAUCCAGAUGAGUUUGACCCUACCCGAUUCUUGAAUCCAGACGGCACAGCUACGACAAAGAGACCUGACGGUUUGCUUUCUUUUGCCGUUGGGAGAAGAAUAUGUCCCGGAGAAAACAUGGCAAUGGUGGAGAUUUUCCUGUACCUGACCACCCUGCUGCAUCAGUUCCGCAUUCUUCCCGAAAACGAAAAGCCAGUCAUCAUUACGCCCUUCGGUCCGUCUCCAGAACUGAGGGAAACGAAGCUACGCUUUCUUCAACGCAACCACUAGUGAUAACUACAGGAUAGUAAAUGCACAACUACAGUUUUGUAUAUGAUAUGUAUGUGCAGGAAUCUUGAGAGCGUUUCAUCUGUUACUUAAGUGAUUUUGGCGAUUUUUAUGGACGACAUGAUGUUUCCUUCAACAAAGAACCAAUAAAGAGAAAGUCAUGAGUCUUC